UUGCGUUGUGACAUCCUAAGUGUUUUAUAUCUGUUGUCACUUUCGUCCAUCCCAGGAGAUGAGCAUGGCCCAGUCUUAGAGAUGAAGGAACCUAGAGGGAAGUGUCCCGCCCACAGUCCAGCCCACCUCCAGUCUGGGUUCUUGGCCUCUCUGCCAUCUCGCAAGAAUUUUCCAGCCAAAUGUAGUCCCCACAGAAAGGAAAGGGGACAGCUUCCCCAGUUUUUCAGUUGCCUUCAGUUCCCAAGAGAGAAGGUUCGAAAAUCAUUUCACGGUGACUGAUCCCACUUGCUGGCGUGACCAAAAGCGGCUCCUUCCACCCAGCUUGCAGUGACUUUUUUGCAGGGAGCGGAGUGGUGAGCCCAGAUGUGGGUCAAUGCCACGCUUGGCGGGAUCCGAGGAACCGUGAUGGCAGCCAUGCCUCCCCUGGCCCCAGCCACCCCUUCCCCCUAAUGUUAAGCUGCAGGGUGCGGGUGCCCUGGGGACCUCUGAGGACUGACUGUCUGACCUUGUUUCACCCUGCCCCCUGCCCCCAACGUCAGCUCCCCCAAGAUGUCGCUCGAGUGGCUGGUGGCCUGGAACUGGUCGCUGGAUGGCCUGCGGGACUGCAUCGCCACGGGCAUCCAGUCGGUACGGGACUGCGACACCACGGCUGUGGUCAGCGUGGCCUGCCUGCUAGUCCUGUUCGUGUGGUACUGUUACCACGUGGGUCGCGAGCCGCCCCGGCCCUACGCAACCGUCAACUCCCUGAUGCAGGGCACAGAUGCCUCCGGGCUGCAGAACGGCUACGCAUACUGCCAGUCACCUGAGUGCGUGCGCUGCGCCCACAACGAGGGCCUCAACCAGAAGCUCUACUACAACCUGCAGGAGUAUGCCAAGCGCUACUCCUGGUCUGGCAUGGGCCGCAUCCACAAGGGUAUCCGCGAGCAGGGCCGCUACCUCAGCAGCCGGCCCUCCAUCCAGAAGCCCGAAGUCUUCUUCCUGCCCGAUCUUCCCACCACACCCUACUUCCCACGGGACGCCCAGAAGCACGACGUGGAGCUGCUGGAGCGCAAUUUCCAGACCAUCCUGUGCGAGUUUGAGACCCUGUACAAAGCCUUCUCAAACUGCAGCCUCCCGCAAGGAUGGAAAAUGAACAGCACUCCCAGCGGGGAGUGGGUCACCUUUUACUUGGUCAAUCAGGGGGUUUGUGUUCCCAGGAACUGCAGGAAGUGCCCACGGACGUACCGCUUGCUUGGAAGCCUUCGGACCUGUAUUGGGAACAAUGUUUUUGGGAACGCGUGCAUCUCCGUGCUGAGCCCGGGGACUGUGAUCACGGAGCACUAUGGCCCCACCAACAUCCGCAUCCGGUGCCACUUAGGUCUCAAAACCCCAAGUGGCUGUGAACUGGUGGUCGGGGGGGAGCCCCAGUGUUGGGCAGAAGGACGCUGCCUGCUCUUCGAUGACUCUUUCCUGCACACUGCAUUCCAUGAAGGUUCAGCAGAGGAUGGCCCACGGGUGGUUUUCAUGGUGGAUUUGUGGCACCCCAAUGUGGCAGCCGCCGAACGUCAGGCCCUGGAUUUCAUCUUUGCUCCGGGUCGAUGAGAACGUUUUCCGUGCUGGAGUCGGCGACAAUGGCCGCGGGUCAGCCCGGGCAGACUGGGGUACGGUCCAGCCCCAACCCGUGCUGUGAAUCCACGCUCUGAGUCCUGCCUCACCAGAAAGUUCUUAUUUGGGGUUUUGAGAUCACGUGGGCUCCCUCUUUCCUUUGGUUAUUGUAAAUGGGAAAUUUUCAGCUUG